GCACGCUCCCCGCGCCGAGAUUCCUCCUUUCCCCACACACAUCCAUGGCAUUCUUUUGGGUAGAGGAGCGCGCGCAUUGGAAAAUCAAGAGCUGGGCGACACGGCACUGCUUGGAAAUCAGUCGCGGAGAGAAUCUCGAGUCGCUCCGACCUGUCGAGGAUUGGGUUCCGUUCCGCUCCGCUCCGUGCUGUUCCGUUCUGUUCUGAGCAAGGAAAAUCGCAGAGCGCAGAACACCAGAACGCAGAAAUCGAAUCGAAUGGCAGCCAGCCCCCGUGAAAAAAGCAGGAAAAUAAUAAAAUAUGGCCGAGGGCGAGAUGUGAAAAUCGGGAUGUGAAAGUGCCCCAGUGAGGUGAAGAAAAUAAUUGCAGUUCCGCGCAUACAAAAUCACAAAAUAAUUUCGAAAAAAGCCCAAAAAAAGGGGGAAAAUAUAAAAUCAAAGCGCGAGCAAAACAAUUUCGGGGGCGAAAAAAAAAGAAAAAUAUACACUACACGCAUACUCACACGCACCACACACAGAUUCCGAUUUCGAAUCCAAUUCUAGUGGCAAAAAUUCGUAUGUACUCGUCGUUGGUUGCUCCCAAAAAACAUACAUACAUACUAGCGAGCGCGUCGUCGUCGUCGUCCCCCGCAAUCCUCGCGAGCAGCAGAAAAACAAUGAGAUAGAGAUAGAGAUAGCUGGAGAUGGUCAACAAAGGAGCAGGCGAAGCAGCAGCUGAUUUGUGAUAGGUGCAACGACCAGAAGUGCAAUUAGCUGCCUACAUGUUGCAGCUGUUGCAGCAGCGGCAGCAGCAACCCAAACAUCAACAGCAGCAGCAGUGGCAGCAGCAACAUCAGCGACACCAGCAAAAUCACGCAUACGCCCUGUCAGACCAAACAAUGCUGCCACCUACAUACAUCAGUGUAAUGACCACGACGGGCACGGGCAAGAAAUAAAUAAAAGCAGCUCCAGCUGCUCAUAAAUUUCGUAACACCGUGGAAAUGUGCCCCUUGGUGCUAACGGGGCCAUAGGAUAUCUCUCUUGCCCCCAUAGAUUUCCGACCGUAAAUCCGCAGCGGAGUAAAUGUAAAUGCCGUAGGCGCCCACCGCCACCACCCGCGCGCACCACCAUACGCAGGCAGCACCACUACCAACAACAAAAACAGCCAGAACCAUCUCCACCACCACCACCCGCACCACCCAGUCAGCAGCAGCAGCAGCAGCAACCGAAAAUCAGCCCACGCGAAAAGCAGAGGGAGCAGCAGGGACCGAGCACCAAGUAACCAUUACAAUCAGGACCAGUUACCAGUACCAGUUACCAAGUUACGAGGCAUAAGGAUUACCUACCUGAUCUGAAAUAUUUCCGCAAUUCCACAAAUUCGUUCGUACUCUCCAAAUAUCGAGAAAUCUGGGAAAUACAGAAGAAACCACACAGCACAAGUGGGAGAAGAAGAAGCAGGAGAAGGCAUGUAAAAUCCCCCAAGUAAAAGCUAAGAAAAAAUAAAACAAAACGAAAAACUAAAAUCAAGAGCACCAGAGAGAGAGCAAGAACGAGAGAGAGAGAGAGAGAGAGCGACACGGAGAGUGGGAACUUUCGAUAAAAAAUUAUUAGCAAAAACAUAAAUACGUAACGGCCUCGUUCUUCUCCCCAACCACCCCCCUCUGGCCGAAGAAGUCGAAGGAAGAGAGCAAGCAGAAGAGAGAGAGAGAGAAGAGGUCGUGCGAACGGGCGAGUGGGCAGGUCAGUGGCAGUGGGCGGUCCGCCAGCUGGGGCAGCGCCACCAUAUCACCACCCAUCUCCAGCGCCCAUCUUCAUCCUCACCUCCAGCUCCAGCUCCAUUACCAUCGCCACCGCCAGAGUCAACCUCAACUUUCAAAGGGCAGGUAACGGCAUGUCCUGCACCGUUUCGGAGCUGCCCAGUGGCUGUCGACUGCGCGGCAUGACUGCAUCCUCCCAGCAAAGCGGGGCCAACAACAGUGGCAAUAACGGCAACGGGAACGGUAAUGGUAAUGGCAACGGCAACGGGAAUGGCAAUGGAGGUAGCAGUGCCGGCGGAGGAGGCAUAGUCAGCGGAGGAGGAGGAGGCAGCCUAGGCGGAGUAUCGCCCACUGUGGGCGGCGGCGGGUCCACGUCCAAUGUGCUGCAGGAAUCCAAUGCGGCCACAUUGCAGCGGCCACAGUCGCAAAAGCCGUGCUGCUUCUGCUGGUGCUGCUGUUGCUCCUGCUCUUGGGCCAAGUGUCUGGCCAUCAAGAAUGCCGAUGAAAAUGCGCCCACGAAGCGGGAUCUCGUUAAUGCCGAAUUCCUAGAUGGCGAACAACCCACACUGGAGGAAAUCCGCAGCUGGGGCAAGAGCUUCGACAAGCUGAUGAAAAGCUCAGCCGGUCGGAAGGUGUUCCAGAACUUCCUGCGCAGCGAGUUUAGCGAGGAGAACAUCCUGUUCUGGCUGGCCUGCGAGGACCUCAAGAAGGAAGGCAGCGCAGAGGUUGUGGAGGAGAAGGCGCGCCUCAUCUACGAGGACUACAUCUCGAUACUGUCGCCGCGGGAGGUGUCGCUGGAUUCGCGGGUCCGCGAGAUCGUCAACCGCAACAUGAUCGAGCCCACGACGCACACCUUCGACGAAGCUCAAAUCCAGAUCUACACACUGAUGCACAGAGACUCAUAUCCGAGAUUCCUAAACUCACAAAAGUUCAAGACACUCGCUCAACUGCAAGACAACUCGAAUGCCGGCUCCAAGGCGGAUAGUCCCACCUAGAGAGGAUCGGGUGGGAAGCCAGGCUCUAAUCGGAUCGGAUUCAGAUGGCGCUGUGUUGAUUUCCGUUAUUGCUCUCCAUUAGUAUUUCUCUGGGCCUCCUCCUCAUCCUCCACCGGCGCUGUGGCAAUCGACUAAGCAAUAUGUAUCCAUUAGUAGACCCAUUUAACAGUUUUGCCCGCAGCCAAGGUGGAUUUUCCGAAUAACCAGGAUAAACGGAUGAUGCAGGCGAGGGACCCAGACGAGAUGUGCAUUAUACGUGAAACGGAUUCCUUCUCUCUACUUACGUUCUAGUCGUUAACAAAACCAAAGAGUUAGUCGUUUAAACUAAGAGGAGCCAAGAGGAGCGACCACAGAAAGCAUUUUCCAAAAAAAAUAUAAAAAGCGGUUCCGGAAACAUAACAAAAGAAAACACGAAACGAGCGACACAAAUAGCAUCUAUUGUAAUACUAGUGAUCUAAGAGACGUAUUAAUCAAAUUGCGACAAAGAUUACGGAACCCGCUAACCGAUAAGUAAACUUAAACAGAAAUACUUUUUCCAAACAACCGAAAAACAAAGAAGUGAAACCAAAAAAAAAUCUUUUUAAACGUAUUACAUAAAUUUAUAAACUUAUAUAUAUAUACACACCAGCAUAUAUAUAUAAAUUAUACAGAUAUAUAUACAGAAGAUAUAUAGAGACAUUUAACUUGAAUAGUUUUGAAGAAAUCGUUUUAGGUCAUACGAGUAAUGACAUCGAAGCAUUUUGUAAAUACCACAGCAGACGGCAAAACACACAACACUUUCUACUUUCUUAUAAGGCCCAUGGAAGGAUCGAGUCCUUUCUGGGGACGACAACUCUCUCUCUACAAAGUCCCAUCCUUGAGCUGUACUCUGGAACCAGACAGACCAUAAUAUAACCCCUAUUAUAAUGUCUUAAAGAUCCCAUGGAAACCCAAUGAAAACAAGCUGGAACAAAACGCAUAUAACUAUAACGUGUACUAUAUAUUAUUUCGAUGUCGAGUGCUGAUUUCCAAGUCGAAAGAAGAACGUUUCGCAAUAUCACUGCCAACAAAACAUAAAAAAAAGAAUCAGAACUUUGCAAGAGAUAUAUAUGCUCUUAUAAUAUGAGUAUAUAAUGCCAGGCGAAAGUUCCAAGAGUUUCCUCUCACAUUAUCCCAUUUCUGCAUUAAAAACAAAACUUGAAAAAAUAUAUAUAUUGAAGAACAGUAUUAUAAAUAACAAAA